AUGGUUAAGACUUAUAUUACUCAGUGGUUAUAUACAUUCCCAUGGUCUCAAGUUGUGAGUGGAUUUUGGCAAAAAUUCCCUAAUCCAUAUACUGGUCAUGUAUUAUCUGAAGAUACGUAUUAUCGAACAAUAACUGAAGAUAAUAAAAUUAUCUCUAAACGUUUAUUAAGUAAAACAAAUAAACUUCCACGUUGGGGUGAACGUAUAUUUUCUCGUGGUUCAUCUUCAACAAUCGGAUUUAUUAUUGAAGAAUCUGUAUGUGAUAUAAAACAAAAAAUAUUUACAACAACUACAAUAAAUAUUAAUCUCAAAUCUUUAAUGACUGUACAAGAAACAUGUACGUAUCGCCCAGAUAAAACUGAUGAAUCGAGAACUGUGUGUGAAAAAAAAGUUGCUGCACAAGGUGAAUUAUUUGGUUUUAAAACUACAUUAGAAACAUUUGUUAUACAACGUUAUAAAAAAAAUCAUGAAUUAGCCAGUCUUGGAUUAGAAUUUAUACUUCAUAAAUUAUAUUUACCACAAUUACCACCACCACCUAUAACUGGUAUUAAAACACCAGAUAUGAGAACAUUCUCAAGAAAAUUAAGUGAUAAAGCAAAAGAUUUCUUGAAAUCAUCUACAAAUAAUGAUACAUUGUAG